AUGUCUGACAAGAAGCAGUCUAUUACCCUCCGGGAGACCAACACCACGUAUCCCGGCCCCGGUGUCAACUUUCAGUCUAAUUCUUGGACCCAAGGUAAGAACAAUCCCCCUCAAAGCAUCACCCUCCGUCCCACUCGGGUCGAUCCCCCUCCCAACUGGGAUAUUCCCCCUCGCACCCAAAGCAUCCCCCUCAUCCUCAUCAACGGCAUCCCCCUGAAAGAUUUCCCCGCUGACACUCCCGCUGGCAAAGUCUGGAUACCAGAGGAAGAUGAAGAGGGCGUCGAGUUUCCUCGACCCGUGGUCCACGGAACCAUCAAGUUCCGCCCCGACCCGCCUCCCUUCCCUGGUUCCGGCCCUGCCAGUGAACAUUCCACAGGUACCACACAAGGUAAACCAAAGGUCCAAGGGACUAUCACCUUUCGUCGAGACAAGGAAGCCCCCCCGUUUGAGCCAAAGACUAACGUGUGCGAUGAUUCUGACAGAUACCUCAACGUCGACUGGGACGCCGUGGCCGAGGGUAAGUCCAGAAUCCCCCUUGAUCGUACGUUGAGGACUAUUACUUACCGUGGACAGGUUCCUCCCGGCUUCACUAAGGCCCAUCGUGGCCAGGCCAACCUCUAUGAUCGUCCUCUUCAUCUGAUCCCGAGUACAUACUCACAUUACGGUGCACAGGGCUAUCAUCAACUUGAUGCCGGUCGAAUCGCAGGCCCCGUCACUCCUCGCAGUGACGGAACUCCAACAGAUGUCUAUUCUUCAGCAUCGUCCUACCUGUCGAGGAACAACAUCCCCCCUUCCAUCAGAACCACAGGACUCAACCCAGUCGCCAACAACUUCACCCCAGGAGCUUCCCCAAUGGUGAGCACCACUGAAAAAGAAACCCCUCUGGCCCCAGCAGCUUUCUCACGCUUGGGACAGUCAGGACCUCUAAGCCCCGAACUAGCCAGGGACAAGAUCUACCUUGACAACCAGGCCCAGAUUCAAUGGAGGAACAUGUUCCGACCUGCCUGGGUAGGUCAGCCCCGUGUGCAGGUGAGAGAGAACCAGGAGACGAAGGACCUUGCGGGCCAUGAUUCUCACGAGAGCCGUCAGGUGAUCGAGGAUGAACGCGAGCACAUUGAUGCAGUUAAUGACUGGUUCUGGGCUCAGGCUAAGCAAGCGCCGCCAGCCCCCAAGCCAGAGCCCAAGAAAUAG